AUGACAGACUCAAUCCCCGCCGAUUCCAAAAUCAACCAUGCCGCUUCCUUGGCAUACUGGAACAGUGUCCCAGCCACCACGGGCAGCAUGCUGGGCGAGUUCCCGUCAGUAACACGCAUUGACCUACAAGGGUCUAAAUCCUUCCUAGCCAAGGUCCGCCGGUUACUGCCAGGUGUUCCAUCCGAGGGAAAAUUCCACCAAGGUGUGGAUUGCGGUGCCGGUAUCGGCCGGGUGACAGAGGGCUUCCUGAGCCAUGUCUGUGAGGUGGUAGAUGCGGUAGAGCCGGUAGCCAAGUUCACACAAGUGAUGAAAGACAGCCAGUUGAAACGAGACGGCAUAAUUGGAACCAUCUACACGUGUGGCCUGGAAGAUUGGACCCCGGAGAAGAAAUACGAUUUGAUCUGGGUCCAGUGGUGUGCGGGCCAUCUCACCGAUUCACAGCUCCUUGACUAUACCGUGCGGUGUCGCAAGGCGUUGACUCCAACCGGCCUUAUGGUUGUCAAGGAGAACCUGUCUACCCAUUUCUCUGGAAAGGAUAUGUACGACAGUGAAGAUAGCAGUGUCACAAGGACAGAUGCCAAGUUCAGACAGGUCUUCGAGGCAGCUGGUAUGGAGAUCAUCAAGUCGGAACUCCAGAAGGGCUUCCCUAAGUCUUUGAAUCUCAUGCCUGUGCAGUUCUAUGCCUUGCGGCCGAAGACAACCAAUUAG